CUUGUCUUGCGGAAGGUCCGUCAUCCCGGAAGCGCGUGUGUUUAUUUGUUGAAACGUUAUUAAGAACAGACAAAUCUUUACUAGUAUCUAGCGAUAAAGGUUCAGCUCGGGUUCUAAAUUAGUAUGAGCGUCAAUAUAUGCUUAAAGGGCUGCAGUGUCGACAUUUCACUGUAAAGAGACAUUUGCUUUGCUAGCUAGAAGUAAACAGUCACCUAACGUUAGCUUGCCAGCUACAGUAUGUCCAGCGAGGCAGUCCUAACUGUACGGUUGGUAAGGUCUUUUGAGCACCGAAAUUUCAAGCCAGUUGUAUUUAGUGGCGUGAAUUUAGAUCAACCGGUCCAGGAAUUUAUCCAGUUUGUGAAAAAUGAAGUUAGCAUGAGAGCCGGUCUACCACCCCCCUUCAAGAAUUUUGGCUAUGACACAAUGAAGAUCAUCCACCAGGCACAUGGAGCAAAGACAAAUGAGUUGGUGAUGAGUUUGGAGGAUGAUGACAAGCUUAUUCUGCAAGAUGGACUAACCCUAAGAGCUGCGGGCAUUGCAAAUGAAACAGAAUUGGCCUUCUUCAGGAAAGAGGAUUAUAAGCUCUUUAAAGCCAACCCCCAACCGGCCUGGUGGUAAGGGUGUUUACACUUCACCACGGAAGAGGGGAUUCUGAUCUGACAUGGAGGAUACACAUGGAUGGAAGAUUGAGGGGGUGACAUGUGCCUUCAGACCUAAGUUUGAGUAUUUUAAUUUAACAUGCCAUAUAUAUAAAACAUGUUUUUGCCUCUUUUAUACAUCUCCACUGAAAUGCACUUAUCAUUUAUCUGGUGGUGUUGAAUAUGAUUAUGGUUGUGCAUUGAUUUUCUUUGUACUUAUUAGUUUCCUGUAAGGCCUGUCUUAUUACUGCAAACAUGAUUCCAAAUUAAAUCACUGGUUUGAAAAGAUGCAUCUAAAAAGCUUUAUUGCAUAAGUACAGUGAAGUAUUUUCCCCCUUGCUGAGAUGGGUCCAAAUAUGGCACAUAAGCUUUAAUAUUCAAUAGAAAAAAGAAAUGUACUCUUAUCCCAGGAGAAACCACUGGCUUUGCUCAUUCUAGUUUUUACAGGUAAAUAAGGUACUGCAUUACACACAAAUUAAUCACAAAAGGCCCUUUAUCACAGCUAUACACUGUACCAGGCAAGAUGGGUCCAUAGACUCAUGCUGCUUUAUGCCAAAUUCUGACUCUGCCAUCAGCAUGACUCAACAGGAACCGGGACUUGUCAGACCAGGUGAUGUUUUUCCACUCCUCAAUUGUACAGUGUUGGUGAUUGCGUGCCCAAUGGAGCCUCUUCUUAUUUUUAGCUGAUAGGAGUGGAACCCAGUAUGGACAAAGAUCGAUGAGUGCGUUCCGAGAUACUUUUCUGCAUACCACUGUUGUACUGCGCAGUUAUUUGUCAGUUUUUGGCCUGCCUGUUAGUGUGCACGAUUCUUGACAUUUUCCUUCGACCUCUCAUCAACGAGCUGUUUUCGCUCACAGGAAUGCGCUGACUGGAUAUUUUUGGUUUGUCGCAUCAUUCUCGGUAAACCCUAGACAUUGUCGUAUGUGAAAAUCCCAGGAGUGAGGCUGUUUUUGAGAUAUUGGAUCCAGCGCGCCUGGCCCAGACGAUCAUACCACACUCAGUUGCUUAGGUUACUCGUUUUAACAUUCAAUCGAACUGUGACUGCCUCAAUGCCGCCUCCAUUUUCAUAAACUGGGUGGUGUACCUAAUAAACUGGCUGGUGAGUGUAUAUUGCACCUUAUGUGUGCGUGCGCUGAAGACACUUUCCUUCAGUUAAUUGUUCAUUUCCCAGGUUGACAGUAGUUGUGUGUUUUGUGACUGAUGUGUCCAGUCUCCUUACAUAAUAAUGCUGUUAGUACUGGAGCUGCUGUAGUAGCAAAACUAAUGACUCCAAUAUUAGCAGGCAGUGUUUAGACUGUCCACUGAAGUGCUAAGACAGAGUGGCUAUAUAAGGAAUGGAACAUAUAUGAACAGGGCCUGCUACCAUUAUAACCUAUACAGCUGUCAGAUGUGGGUGUUAAGUAAGAACUGAGAUGGAAAGAUAAUGGUGGAGAAAGAUCAAGAGGAGUUAUUUUCACAUAGAGGGAGGGGAUUCUAUACGUAAUGCAAAGAUGGGAGAACUAUAAGGCCAAUAGGAGUUGUUCAUGUACAUACAAGGAGUGACUAUAUGUGCAAUGUAAAGACAGGAAAAACUAUAAAGUCAGAACUCUGUGAUUAGAGAAUUUAGUAUUUUCCAUGGAAAGGCUUGGCUCUGUUACGUUUGUAAUAAAGUCUAAAUUGAAUUCACAA